AUGGUCGAGCCUGUCAUACCCCUCGUGGCAGUCAGCGUCAUCUGUAACCUCGCUAGCAAGGCCAUGCAGCGAGCGAAGGAGCGAAGCGCUGCGAAGCAAGAAGUGCUCGCAGAGGUUUCCCGUAUUCUGAACGAGAUGACGACGCUAUCGCAACAGCUGCAGCAGGAGGACGGCUUGCAACAGGAGGACGUUGCUAGAGUUCAGGCUGCUAUUCGACGGACGAGGAUAUGCCGCGCUGAGAUCAAACGAUGGGUGUGUCCUCUUCAGAAGGCCUAUAUGAAGAGGGAAGAGGCUGGCGACAACUUCUACCUUGUUCGAGUUAUCUCUGAGCGGGUAUGGGACGCGAAUCGUGUUCCCAACGCCAACGUGCCAUUCAGCGAGGCGGCGAACAACGCAUCGGAGACGACCCUCGCACCUCAGCCCAAGGUCAAGCAAGUGCCGGUCGCAUCAGUACGAGGGUACAGGGAGGCCCGUGUGAAGCACGUUAUAACACGUUCGCCCGACGGUACACUGGUAGAAGAGAAUGAGCUUCACGCCGACUACGAUGAGGGCGACGCAGUGGAAGUUCAGGGCGCGCGGAAUGGGACGUUGCCGUGCAUACGCAUCAUGCCGGACGCGAUUACGCCCAAGGCCAAAUGCCUUGAGCCCAUGCCUGCGCGCGAUAGCGAGCCUGUACCCGCAUACAUCCCGGACUUGAAGAGCGAUAGCGGCGACGCGAUGCGCAAUUUUAUGUCCAUGACCGGUGCUGCACACGACCUGGCUCGUCAGAGUCUGGAUGGCGGAGGCGAGGUCAAGGUAGAGGCAAGUAUGUUCGGUACUACGGGUUCUGUUGCCGUUAGAACCGGGCUUGAUCAGAUGGGGCAGGAUGCAACGGUUCCGAGUCGCUUGAACGUAUACUUGAAGACUCGGCGGACGAAUGAUGCUGAGACUGCGUUGGAGGUUGUCGGCGACGGACUGGAGCUCGCGGCGGAGCUGUUGAGAGCGGUUUAA